ACCAAUUUAGCUAUUACUUUCCAAUUAAUUGUUGGAGUGCCAAGGUAAUUAUUGCGACCUUUGGCACUGGUUGUCUCAUUUGCUUUGGAAGUUGUAUAAAUGCCUGGUAUAUUCUGAUUUUUCUAUCACUCGCCGAGUUGAGCUCAGCAACAUCAGAACAAGAAAUCAAUCUCUUCUCCAGGAUGAAACAGCACAUGUUCACUGUAAUUUUCUUGCUAGUAUUGGGUUCAGUUCGAGCUCAGUUGAAAAAAACUGGUGGUGAUAGUUUUGCUUCUUUAACGGAAACAUCGGAACAAGAAAACUCGCCUGUGUCCCGACUUAACAUUGCUGAAGACGCAGCGGGUAGACAAUCUUUGCCAAUGCUACCUCAACCAAGCCAGCUCAUGCGACAUUCUAAACAAUUGCAACCCUCAAGUUCCACUUCAGCCAUUUGCUACUGUAACGAAUUCUGCUGCCGCUCCAAUGGGUUAUCCAGCACCUUCUUCUGCUUCGAUGAACUACCCCGCGCCAGCAAACAUUGCUUAUCCUCCUCCAAUGGCACCUACCCCUGCAACGCCUACGUAUUCCGUCAUUACCCCACCCAGACCACCUGCCCCGGUCACAACCAGCUAUGGCACUCCUGCGGUAAUGAACUACUCCAUGGCUCAACUCCCUACCCCGGCAGGUAGCUAUGACCUAUUCUCCACCUUCGUUACCCUCACCAGUACCUUCCAUUACCUUCACCCGCUCCAAUGGGCUAUCCUGCACCCCCGACAGCUACGUCUUCGCCAAUGGCCUAUCCUACACCAUCAGCACCAACACCAGCACUUAAUGGAUAUCCUGCAGGACCUUCAUCACUCGUAGCUAUGGGCAAUCCCGCACCAAUGACACCUCCGGCUGCAACUAUGGCACUUUCACCUUUAUCAAUGAACUAUCCUGCUCCACCGGUAACUACACCCACCCCAACAGGCUAUCCCGCUCCUCCGACACCUGCACAGAUGAACUAUUCUGCACCUAUGGCAGUUACACCCACACCGAUGGGGUAUGCCGCACUUCCUUCAGCACCAGCAGUUUAUCCUUCAUCUCCAGUAACUGCUCCUGCACCAACGGGCUAUCUUGGAACUCCAUCCACUAUGUCCGCGAUGAUGUUAAAUUCCGCACCUACACCAGCACCGGCGAGCUAUACUGCACCGCCAGUAGUUACACCAGCAGCGAUGGUUUAUCCUUCACCUCCAGCAACUAUGCAAAUGCCAAUGGGAUAUUCCGUAGCUCCAGCCCCUGCGCCUACCCCGAUGAUAAACGCCGCACCUUUGUCACUUUUACCGGGACCGAUGAGCUAUGCUGCACCUCCUAUGGCUACACCUUUCCAAAUGGGCUACUCUGCACCUUCUGCACCUACACCAGCACCGAUGGGCUAUUCCUUACCACCGGCAGCUAUACCCGCAGCAAUGAGCAUUCCUGCACCACUGGCCCCUACAGCACCCGCAGCAAUGGGCUAUCCUGCAUCUGUGGCACCUCCACCUGUACCAGCGAACUAUCCUGCACUUCCAGUGAUCCCAAUUUCUGUGACAUCGCCUCCUCCCUAUCCAAUGAGUGCCGCAAUUCCUGUAACUACUCCUCGUCCUUAUCCGAUCAAUUUCUCUUCAAUCUAUUAAUGAAACAUGGCCUUCCUUAAUGUUGAGAGGUAUGCAAAAUAAACAAUACAAACAUAAAAGAAUACUAAAACGAUAA